GUUGCGGAGCGGCGCCCUGCGGCUCCCGGCGGCCGCUGCUCGCGCUGAGGUGCGUCGGUGCCCGGCCUCCCGCGCCCCUGCGCGCCGCGGCGUCUUCUGACUCGGCCGGCUCGCCCGUCGGUCCGCAGCGCGGCUGAGGAACCUUGAACAUAACUUCAAAAGAAGAUUUGGUUUUUACUUUUGGACUACAUAUAUAUUAUAAGGCUACCAGAAUGUCGGGAGCCUCAGUGAAGGUGGCUGUUCGAGUGAGGCCCUUCAAUUCUCGAGAGACCAGCAAGGAGUCCAAGUGCAUCAUUCAGAUGCAAGGCAACUCGACCAGUAUUAUUAAUCCAAAGAACCCAAAGGAAGCACCAAAGUCCUUCAGCUUUGACUACUCUUACUGGUCUCACACUUCGCCUGAAGAUCCCUGUUUUGCAUCGCAGAAUCGUGUGUACAAUGAUAUUGGGAAGGAAAUGCUCUUACAUGCUUUUGAAGGAUACAAUGUCUGUAUUUUUGCCUAUGGGCAGACUGGUGCUGGGAAAUCCUACACAAUGAUGGGGAAACAAGAAGAAAGCCAAGCUGGCAUCAUCCCACAGUUGUGUGAAGAACUCUUUGAGAAGAUCAAUGACAACUGCAAUGAAGAGAUGUCGUACUCUGUGGAGGUGAGCUAUAUGGAAAUUUACUGUGAGAGAGUACGAGAUUUGCUGAAUCCCAAAAACAAGGGUAAUUUGCGUGUUCGUGAACACCCGCUUCUUGGACCCUAUGUGGAGGAUCUGUCCAAGCUGGCAGUCACUUCGUACACUGAUAUUGCUGACCUCAUGGAUGCUGGGAACAAAGCCAGGACGGUGGCAGCUACCAACAUGAAUGAAACAAGUAGCCGUUCCCACGCUGUGUUUACCAUUGUUUUCACCCAGAAGAAACAUGAUACUGAGACUAACCUUUCCACUGAAAAGGUCAGUAAAAUCAGCUUGGUGGAUCUAGCAGGAAGUGAACGAGCUGAUUCAACUGGUGCCAAAGGAACUCGAUUGAAGGAAGGUGCAAAUAUUAAUAAGUCUCUUACAACUUUGGGCAAAGUCAUUUCAGCCUUGGCCGAGGUGGAUAACUGCACCAGCAAGAGUAAAAAGAAGAAGAAAACUGAUUUUAUUCCCUACAGAGAUUCUGUUCUUACUUGGCUUCUUCGAGAAAAUCUAGGUGGCAACUCUCGAACGGCAAUGGUUGCUGCUCUGAGCCCAGCAGACAUCAACUAUGAUGAAACUUUGAGCACCCUGAGAUAUGCAGAUCGUGCAAAGCAAAUUAAAUGCAAUGCUGUUAUCAACGAGGACCCUAAUGCCAAGCUGGUUCGGGAGCUGAAGGAGGAAGUGACCAGACUGAAGGAUCUUCUUCGUGCUCAGGGGCUGGGAGAUAUUAUUGAUAUUGACCCAUUGAUCGAUGAUUACUCUGGAAGUGGAGGCAAAUAUCUGAAAGACUUUCAGAACAAUAAGCAUAGGUACUUGCUAGCCUCUGAGAAUCAACGCCCUGGCAAUUUUUCCACAGCAUCCAUGGGGUCCCUUACUUCAUCUCCAUCUUCAUGCUCACUUAAUAGUCAGGUGGGCUUAACAUCUGUGACCAGUAUUCAAGAGAGGAUCAUGUCUACACCUGGAGGGGAGGAAGCCAUUGAACGUCUAAAGGAGUCAGAGAAGAUCAUUGCUGAGCUGAACGAAACCUGGGAAGAGAAACUUCGUAAAACAGAGGCCAUCAGAAUGGAAAGAGAAGCCUUAUUGGCUGAGAUGGGAGUUGCUAUACGGGAAGAUGGGGGAACACUUGGCGUUUUCUCACCCAAAAAGACUCCACAUCUUGUUAACCUCAAUGAAGAUCCACUGAUGUCGGAGUGUCUGCUUUAUUAUAUCAAAGAUGGGAUUACAAGGGUUGGCCAAGCAGAUGCUGAGCGGCGCCAGGACAUAGUGCUGAGUGGGGCCCACAUUAAAGAAGAGCAUUGUGUCUUCCGGAGUGAGAGAAACAACACUGGGGAAGUGAUUGUGACUUUAGAGCCCUGUGAGCGCUCAGAAACAUAUGUGAAUGGCAAGAGGGUGUCCCAUCCUGUUCAGCUGCGCUCAGGGAACCGUAUCAUCAUGGGCAAAAACCACGUCUUUCGUUUCAAUCACCCUGAACAAGCACGAGCUGAGCGGGAGAAGACUCCCUCUGCUGAGACACCCUCGGAGCCUGUGGAUUGGACAUUCGCUCAGAGAGAGCUUCUGGAAAAACAAGGGAUCGAUAUGAAGCAGGAGAUGGAGAAAAGGCUACAGGAAAUGGAGAUCCUAUACAAAAAGGAGAAGGAGGAAGCUGAUCUCCUUCUGGAGCAGCAGAGACUGGACUAUGAGAGCAAACUGCAGGCCUUGCAGAGGCAGGUAGAGACUCGCUCUCUGGCUGCAGAAGCAACUGAAGAGGAAGAGGAGGAGGAGGAGGAAGCUCCUUGGACACAGCAUGAGUUCGAGUUGGCCCAGUGGGCCUUCCGGAAAUGGAAGUCUCACCAGUUUACUUCGUUAAGGGACUUACUCUGGGGCAAUGCAGUGUACCUGAAGGAAGCCAAUGCCAUCAGUGUGGAGCUGAAAAAGCAGGUGCAGUUUCAGUUUGUUCUGCUGACUGACACGCUGUACUCCCCUUUGCCUCCUGAAUUACUUCCCACGGAGAUGGAAAAAGCUCACGAGGACAGACCUUUCCCUCGUACAGUGGUGGCCGUGGAAGUCCAGGACCUGAAGAAUGGAGCAACGCAUUACUGGUCUUUGGAUAAACUCAAGCAGAGACUGGAUUUAAUGCGGGAGAUGUAUGACAGGGCAGGUGAAAUGGCUUCCAGUGCCCAAGAUGAAAGCGAAACGACCAUGACCGGCAGUGACCCAUUCUACGAUCGGUUCCACUGGUUCAAACUUGUGGGAAGCUCCCCCAUUUUCCACGGCUGUGUGAAUGAGCGUCUUGCCGACCGCACACCCUCCCCCACUUUUUCCACGGCCGAUUCCGACAUCACUGAACUGGCUGACGAGCAGCAGGAUGACAUGGAGGAUUUUGAUGAUGAGGCAUUCGUGGAUGACACCGGCUCUGACGCAGGGACGGAAGAGGGAUCAGAUCUCUUCAGUGAUGGGCAUGACCCAUUUUACGACCGAUCCCCUUGGUUCAUUUUAGUAGGAAGGGCAUUUGUCUACCUGAGCAACCUGCUGUAUCCAGUGCCCCUGAUUCACAGGGUGGCCAUUGUCAGUGAGAAGGGGGAAGUGAGGGGAUUUCUGCGUGUGGCUGUGCAGGCCAUUGCAGCGGAUGAAGAAGCCCCUGAUUACGGCUCUGGGAUUCGGCAAUCAGGAACAGCUAAAAUAUCUUUUGAUAACGAGCACUUUCAUCAGAGUGACUUUUCUUCUGUUGCAAUGACUCGUUCUGGUCUGUCUUUGGAGGAGCUGAGGAUUGUGGAAGGACAGGGUCAGAGUUCUGAAGUUAUCACUCCUCCAGAAGAAGUCAAUCGAAUAAAUGAUUUGGAUUUGAAGUCAGGCACUUUGCUGGAUGGGAAGAUGGUGAUGGAAGGAUUUUCUGAAGAGAUUGGCAAUCACCUGAAACUGGGCAGUGCCUUCACUUUCCGAGUCACUGUGCUGCAGGCCAGUGGGAUCCUUCCAGAGUAUGCAGACAUCUUUUGUCAGUUCAACUUUUUGCAUCGGCAUGAUGAAGCCUUCUCCACUGAACCCCUCAAAAACAAUGGAAGAGGAAGCCCCCUGGGCUUUUAUCAUGUACAGAAUAUUGCAGUGGAGGUCACUGAGUCAUUUGUGGACUACAUCAGAACCAAGCCCAUUGUAUUUGAGGUCUUUGGGCAUUACCAGCAGCACCCACUCCAUCUACAAGGACAAGAUCUUAACAGUCCACCCCAGCCUUCUCGAAGAUUCUUCCCACCACCCAUGCCUCUCUCCAAGCCAGUUCCAGCUACCAAGUUAAAUACCAUGAACAAAACCAGCCUUGGGCAGAGCAUGAGCAAGUAUGACCUUCUGGUUUGGUUUGAGAUCAGUGAACUGGAGCCUACAGGAGAGUAUAUUCCGGCUGUGGUUGACCAUACAGCAGGCUUACCCUGCCAGGGGACAUUUUUGCUGCACCAGGGCAUCCAGCGCCGGAUCACAGUGACUAUUAUCCAUGAGAAGGGCAGCGAGCUCCACUGGAAAGAUGUUCGUGAACUGGUGGUAGGUCGGAUUAGGAAUAAACCUGAGGUUGAUGAAGCUGCAGUUGAUGCUAUCCUUUCCCUAAACAUCAUCUCUGCUAAGUCCUUGAAGUCCUCCCACAACUCCAGCAGGACCUUCUACCGUUUUGAGGCUGUAUGGGACAGUUCCUUACAUAACUCCCUCCUUCUGAACCGAGUGACACCUUAUGGAGAAAAGAUCUACAUGACCUUAUCCGCCUAUCUGGAGUUGGAUCAUUGUAUCCAGCCGGCUGUCAUCACCAAGGAUGUGUGCAUGGUCUUCUACUCCCGAGAUGCCAAGAUCUCACCGCCACGUUCUCUGCGAAGUCUCUUUGGUAGUGGUUACUCAAAGUCACCAGACUCCAACCGAGUUACUGGAAUUUAUGAACUGAGCUUGUGCAAAAUGGCAGAUACUGGUAGUCCAGGCAUGCAGAGGCGGAGAAGAAAAGUCUUGGACACCUCCGUAGCAUAUGUGCGGGGAGAAGAGAACCUCGCAGGCUGGCGACCACGUGGAGACAGCCUCAUCCUGGAGCACCAGUGGGAGCUGGAGAAGCUAGAGCUGCUACAUGAGGUGGAAAAAACUCGCCACUUCUUGCUGCUUCAGGAUAGACUUGGUGACAGCAUACCCAAGUCUCUGAGUGACUCAUUGUCCCCCAGCCUCAGCAGUGGGACCCUCAGUACCUCUACCAGUAUGUCUUCUCAGAUCUCAACCACCACCUUUGAAAGCGCCAUCACACCUAGUGAGAGCAGUGGCUAUGACUCAGCAGACAUUGAAAGCCUAGUAGACCGAGAGAAAGAACUGGCUACAAAGUGCCUGCAGCUUCUCACCCAUACUUUCAACCGAGAAUUCAACCAGGUGCAUGGCAGCAUCAGUGACUGUAAGUUGUCUGAUGUCUCUCCAAUUGGAAGGGAUCCCUCUGUGUCCAGUUUCAGCAGCUCUACCCUCACUCCCUCCUCCACGUGCCCCUCCCUGGUGGACUCAAGGAGCAACUCAAUGGAUCAGAAGACCCCAGAAGCCAACUCUCGUGCCUCUAGUCCCUGCCAAGAGUUUGAACAGUUUCAGAUCAUCCCAACUGUGGAGACACCCUAUUUGGCCCGAGCAGGAAAAAAUGAAUUUCUCAAUCUCGUUCCAGACAUUGAAGAAGUUAGAGCAGGGUCAGUGGUAUCUAAGAAGGGAUACCUGCAUUUCAAGGAGCCACUUUCCAGCAACUGGGCUAAACAUUUCGUUGUGGUUCGCCGCCCUUAUGUCUUCAUCUAUAACAGUGACAAAGACCCAGUGGAGCGUGGCAUCAUUAACCUGUCUACAGCACAGGUGGAGUACAGUGAGGACCAGCAGGCCAUGGUGAAGACACCUAACACCUUUGCUGUGUGCACAAAGCACCGCGGGGUCCUCUUGCAAGCUCUCAACGACAAGGACCUGAGUGACUGGUUAUAUGCCUUUAACCCUCUUCUGGCUGGCACAAUAAGGUCAAAACUCUCUCGCAGAUGCCCGAGCCAGCCGAAAUACUAAGCAUCUCUGCUGAGCCUUGCUCGCCUUCGACUGAUAAAGAAAGUGUUACCUCUCAUUCUCUCUGUGAUUCUUAACGGUUAUUAUUGUAUGUAAUCCUGUGGCUUAACUACUUUUCUCUUUCAUCCAGCACUUCUCUAGCUCUCCUGGUCCUUAUCUCCAUGGUUCUGUACUCUUCUUUUUCUUGUGCUAAGACUUGUAGCAUGUGGCCUAACAAAAGGGGAAAAAACACUACACAUAUUUAUAUACACUCACCCUUGCAUACAAACCCUGAGGGGAUCCAACAAAUCUCCAAAUUAUUUUCCAGUGUACUUCAGCUUCAUUUUGAAUGGUAGAUCCCCUUCCUAAUCCCUGUCUGUCUGUUGUCUCUGUAUAGCUCUGGUUUUCUGGGUAACUUCUCUCUGUCUGUCUGUCUUUGUCUGUCUGUCUGUCUGUCUUUCUGUCUGUCUGUCUGUUUCUCUUAUUCUAUUUAUGAUACUACUGCUUUUCCCUGGGUGGCUUAGAGACUAUGGGAGGAGACAUUUGGCAAGUGAGCCCUUGAGAAAAAAAAACAAAACACUUGCUUUCCCUCAUUCUCUCUCUCUCUCUCUCUCUCUCUCUCUCUCUCUCUCUCUCUCUCUCUCUCUCUCUCUCUCUCUCUCUCUCUCUCUCUCUUUGUGUGUGUGUGUGUGUGUGUGUGUGUGUGUGUGUGUGUGUGUGUGUGUGUGUGUGUGUGUGUGUGUGUGUGUGACUAAAUCCCUGCAUUUCCAUUCAGGGAAAGCUGUGGAAAGCUCAGAAAUGGGAUUUUGUUCUCUGUCCAAAUCAGGGCUUCGAGCAUGGAUUUAUAGAGCAGAAGAGACAGAGGGUCUUUGUGAUAGGCCUGAGCAACAGCUACCAUUGCCCUUUACGGCCAGGCUGCUGCAGUAGGUUGGACAAGUGGGUCAUGAGAGUGAUCCUUAGAUGAUGGCUAUGGUUGCUCACAGCAGAACCUGCAGACUUUCUGCUCCUCGUUGGGAAUGAAGUCACCAUCGGGAUCCAGCGGCCAUUCCCAAUAAUGCUUGUCCCUUAUAAACAAACAUGGCAGGGUGUGUUUUCUGGAUGCCACCAUUCCAAACAAAUCAGAAGACACUUAGGAAUGAGAAGGAGUAUCCCCAGCUGUCUGGUGGUUUGCUGUUGGAUCCUGACUUGUCCCCCAUGUGAUUUGGAAAUGCCCCCUUAGAAAUCAGAAGAGCGUCCUGUCCCUUGGUUUCUGUGACUUCUCACACACCAGGCCAGGGUUCAAGAGACCAUCAGAAAAUAGUCUCUUCUUUCCCCUGCCCGUAAGCGUUAGGGGACUGAGCAGGGCACAGAAAGCUCUGGCUUGGCUUCUGGGGUUGCUUUGCCAGUGACUGGGGCUCGUUCAUGUUGCCGUGUACAGGUCUUGCUUGCCAGCCUGUUUACCCAGGAAGGCGUCUGUUCACCCCACUCUGGGAGGGCCUCCACCCGAGGGCAGUGGUAGGAUGAAUGUCUCUGUUUGGUUCACUCACCACUGCAGAGCAGCUACCAGGGAGGCAUAUGGGCAUGAAGCCCUUGUUUCUGACCUCUCAGAGGGGCUUAUCUGAAGAAAAGGACUCUCGGCUCCUUUUGUUACUGUUGUUUUGCAAAGAAAAGGAGAAGUGGACCAUAAAGGAAAGGAAGGUCAGAAUCAGACUGUUUUUAUCUAAAAAAUGAGCAACAAAUACUUUGGGUUUUUAAAACUUUCUUUCUCUCCUUCAAGCAUAGGUCACUAACUGUAAUGUUACUUGUUUUCUAAGCAUAUGUAUGAGAUUUUUAAUGUAGUUAGAAGUCUCUGUUGUCUAAUGGAUACAACAUGCCCCUCUGGUGUAUACUCAAAUCCAGCAGGCUCUGUCUGUGCUUGGAGACAGCUUCCUGGGCCAGAACUAAAUCUAAUUUCAGGGAAAUGAAGAUGAAAGGUCACUUUCAAACUGAAUCACUGAUGUUGCUGCUGUUAUGAAGUGAGAUGGAAGGAUCCGUGUCUGUGAUGUGAGGUGCGAACCCUGAGGGAGAGUGAAACUGUGCGGUGCACUAACCCUGCAGUGACUUGUGUUUCUUUUCAUUCACACAACACUGGUGUAGAGAGUCUUUGCUUUGCAAAUAUCAAGCGUUAGGAUGGACUGGACCACUCUUCACAAAUGCCCAGAUAAGGCGGCCUAUCAGGAGGCCAGGAAACGUGGGGUUGGAACUUGGGCAUGUGUGUUUCUGUCUGCCACUGCUGGCGCCCCCUCUUGCUGUAGCCCAUGCUCAGACUGGAAUCUGAGCAGUUUGGGGCUGAUGUCCCAUUUGCAGACUGGGUCACCUCUGCCUUGAAGCUCUGAAGGGUUUAUGGAAAGACCAGUUGGUGAGAUUUUUGUGGUUUCCAUGGUAGUAAGAAAGUUAAGAUGACUAGCCCUUAAGAAAACUACCUUUUAAUUUUUUUUAAUUUUCAAAGCACUCCUUUAAACAAAAAAACCUUGAGUGAAAAUAUACAAAUUACAGAAAGUGAGUGCUAGCUAAAAGUAAUUAUCCUCCCUCUUCCUUUACUUCUGCCCCCUCCUUUCUCCCAAGCAAAUAUAGCUUCAUAACUACCCCCUGGCCAGUGCUCAGGCCUUGCCUGCUUCUGGGACACUACCUGGGAGUCAGUCAGCUCUCAGGCCCAGACUGUGUGGGACCAGGCAGUCCCUGCACAAGGUCAGGCAGGAGCACAGGCCCGCUGCUUCUGAGCAGGCCCCUGAACUCCAGCCCUAAAUGAGAAGCUUGAUGAGGCAAGGGCGGAAGAAGGUUUAUCAACUAAGAAACCAUUAGUUUCCCCUCCAGCUACAUUGAUCUAUAAUAUAUCUAAUACUUUUUCAAGUUUGUUUUUUCAUCUUGUUUAGAUGAAGUAGUGAAGGAUGAUCAGGAAAGGUCUUUGGGGUCUAGGGACUGAUGAUGUCUGGCAUGUAUUUGAAAGCAUAGACUUCAUUAACUGCUGCUGCUUGUCUAGUUUACAGGGAAACUUGAUAUUGUAAGGUGUUUGUAUAUUUAUACAGCUGUAAUGAAUUGCACAUUGGACUGAUGAGAUGAUCUACCCUGGUGGUGCCUGUUGGGACUCUGGCACUCCCUCUUGGAGGCUGUGCUCUGGCUCUCCUGAACAAUACCGGGGCUGGGUGUUGGUUUGGCAUGGGUUCUUCACUUUUCAUUUGGGUUCUUUUUUGAAACUGUAAUCUUCGACUUGCUCUAUGAGAAAAAAAGAUAACUCUGUUGCUGCUCUUAGAAGGUCCGCUGAAUGCAUUUGAAUAAAACUCUGGUGCUGUGCGCUGCAGCCAUCCACCAUAACCAGUAUCCGCCAAGAGCGGUUACGACCAUGACUGUGGAGGAGGUCAGAUCAUCAGCUGAGAGAUGAUUGCUGUUACUGUUCAAAAGGCCAUUUAUGAAGUAGGUACUUGAGCUCUAUAAAAUCCUAAGAAAGCCCCAACUAACGUACAGAAGUGACGAGUUGAUACAGAGCUGGUGUUAAAAGCUCACAGGCAGAGGUUAGGGGCAUAGCUUAGUGAUAGAGCACUUGGCAGUUCUGUGUGAUGCCCUCGAUUCAGUCCCCGGUACUGCAGAUCAGAGACAAACCCUCCCGGUAGACAGCUGCUCAGACAGAGUCCAGGCCCAGGUUGGUCUCCUGCCAAAGCCUGGAUGUUACACGUUGCUUGUCGUGUCUUUAAUUGUCAUUUUUCCCAUGCUGUGUAUUCUGGCAUCAGCUCUCCUAAGGAAUCCACCAGCCUUCUCAUGGUUACACAUUGUCUUAGACUUUGUGGCUCUAAAGUACUUAUCUGUUGAGAGUCAAGUCUCUCGUCACCAUCCCCAUGCUGUGACAGAACCCAUGAAGCAUAAGUGGCCUUUUUGAACCAAGACUUUGCAAACUGAUCUCUCCCCAGUGAAGGAGUUGAGCACAAGCAACAAUGUACAUUAUUAAUUUUGGAUUUCAUUUUCAUGUUUUAUUUUGUAAAUAUCUGAUGUUUGGAGCUUGAGUAUACAAAAUGUAAAUACAGUUCUUGUAUUUGUACUAAUGUUGAUUCUUUUGCUGUAUAGCCUUAGAUGUGUAAUGCAGACAUUAUCUAACUGUGUAUGGUAGCCUUGCAUCACAGAGCUGCUAGUGAACGAGGUAAAAAUAAUAAAGUACAGCCAGUGCA